AUGGCCGCGGCGCCUCCUUUAGAAAAGCCUGCAGUGCCCGUCGAGGUCGACAUCGCUCCUCCAACACUGCCGCCAUUGCGAACAAACGGCUUCUUGGACACUGUUCUCGACACAUAUCGAUCUUUCCAGGCGCGAAGAGAAGCAUUAGGUCUCAGCAACCCGGGCACUGUCGAUCAAAUAGCGAAGGAGGUCCAGCGAGAUGUCUUUCUCACCAACCAGACCUUCUCCGGUCUACGCGCCGAACUGAACAAGAGCUUCUCCAUCUAUCCUCUCUUUCAGAUCAGCCAUGCCUUCUCCAGCGGGUCGCAAAUGCUGUCGCCGUACACCUUUCUUGCGCUGUACGGCACGAACAACGUAUGUUUGAGAGACAGAUCUGGAUGAUACCCAUCGACUGACCAAAUACCCGCAGACCCUCUGCCAGGGCCAACUCGACUCCGAUGGCUCAUUCUCCGCCCGCCUAAACCAACGUCUGACGAACCGACUCAUAUUCAAGUCCUCCGUACAGAUACAACCCUCCUCUAUCGCAGGCCCAGGCGGCGCACAGGUUUCCCUUGAGCAAGAUUACACCGGCGACGACUUCACCGCCUCGCUCAAGAGCAUCAACCCAAGUAUUCUUGAGGGUGGUUUGACAGGUAUGUUCAUCGGGUCUUACUUGCAGAGCGUCACUCCACGGUUAUCGCUCGGCUUGGAGGGAGUAUUGCAGCGGCCAGGCGGAGAUAUGGGACCAGAGGCAGCAAUGAGCUAUGCGGGACGAUACAAGGGUGAUGACUGGAUCGGAAGCGCCCAGCUCCUGACGCAGGGAGGUCUGCAGCUGAGCUACUGGAGGAGACUGGUGGACAAGGUGGAGGCCGGCGUGGACGUCAACUUGCAGUUCGCAGGUCUGAACCAGGCCAGUGCCAUGAUGGGAGGCGCUCGGAAAGAGGGUGUCGCGACUUUGGGUGCCAAGUACGAGUUCUCGCGAUCCAUCUUCAGAGCGCAAGUGGACAGCCAGGGUAAGAUUGGGUGCUUGUUGGAGAAGGUCGUUGCGCCACCUGUGCGGGUGACUUUCGCCGGUGAGAUGGACCAUGUCAAGGUAUGUCCCGAAGUCCGUCUCCGAAGUUGACGCAGCUAACAUGGCCAACAGAACCAAGCCAAGCUCGGUCUCGCAGUCUCAAUCGAAGCGUCGGGUGAAGAGCUCAUGGAGCAACAGGACAAGAUCGCACCUGCGUCGCCUCCAUUCUAA